CCCCUAUCUAGGUCGUGAAGCUAUCUCGCAAGCCACAGGCACUGUCACAGACACUUCCCGGGUUUCCUGUCAGUCAUCUGCUGCUGCAACCAUGAAGAUGGCACUCAAGUUCGCUCCGGCUCGUGGCGUCCGCGUCAACACUGUUCGGGUGAAUGCCGCUCAAGCUAAGGUGGCUCCAAAGAUUGCCACCAAGGGUGAUAGCAAUCGCUUCCAACAAGCCACCGGCCUGCCCGCUCCAGCCGUUAACGGCCGGCAGUUCCCCAUCAAGCUGGGCUUCACCAAGACCAACGAACUGUUCGUUGGCCGCCUGGCCAUGUUGGGCUUCGCCUCCUCCCUCAUCGGUGAAAUCCUGACGGGCAAGGGCCCGCUGGCUCAGUUUGGCUACGAAACCGGGCUCAACGGCAUCGAGGUGGAUGGCUUCGUGGUGGCCCUGAUCGCCUUCAACCUCAUCGCUGCCGUACUGCCCACCAGCCAGACGUUUGUGCCAGAGGAGCAGGAGUCCAUCAAGGAGCGACCCGCGGGUCCACUCCAGGACCCACGCAUUACGCUGCUGGAGCCCAAGCGCUUCUUUGGCGUCAAGGGCUUCGGCUUCACCAAGGAGAAUGAGCUGUUCGUGGGGCGCAUGGCUCAGCUAGGGUUCGCCUUCUCAUUGAUUGGGGAGGCUGUCACCGGCAAGGGAGCUCUGGCACAGUUUGACAUCGAGACCGGACUGUCCCUUCGAGACACGGAGUUUGGCCUGCUGGUGUUCAUCCUCUUCCUGCUGUUCGCGGCCGUGAACGAGGGCUCCGGCAAGUUCGUGGACGAUGACGCUUGAUAUGUAGAGGGUAGUGUGUGAGGGCUGGUAGGCAGGUGCAGCCUUCCCAAAGCUGACAUGUACUGCUGCGGUCCCGUCCUGCCUUCGGUUGAGUCAGGAUUGUGUUCGAUAGUGAGCCGGAGGUCGCCAAAGCCUUGAAGAUGUAGAAUUUAAAUGGCGUGCAGUUGAGCGUAAGUGAGAGAGUGAGAGGUGUACCGUGUACGAUGAGUAGAGGCGGUGAAGGGAAAGAGAGAUUGUAAGGAGAGUUGAGAGCUGAGAGAGCAAUCCAAAUUCAUUUUGUUAUUUGUUUGGAGAUGUGGAGGUGGAGUAAAGACGAGAACUGGGGAUGUAUAUAUAGCAGGCGAGCAAAAAGGAUGGAGAUAGAGGAGUGAACAUAUGCCGUACGAAUCUGGCAAAUCAGAUAUAUACCUUGCCGGAUAAAGAGAAUGUGUACCACCGUACACGUCCUAACCUUGUAACCAUGAGUACAA